AAUAAAUCUCGGGAAGCAUCUCUCGGCCGUACCGCCACGCGCCACAGUGAGGCGGCAAUACAGCCUCAGAUAAUUUGUUCAUAGUUCCGCUGGAUCCUUAGUUCUCCAUCUCCCUCAUUUUGGCCCGUCAUGCACAAAUAUACAAUCCCUCCCAUUUCUCCAUCAAAUCGAAACUUCAUUAAUCAAAAUCCUCAACCCCAACAAUGAAUCCUCCCGACGACGACGAGGAGAACAACGAGGAGGAGGAGGAUGAGGGCGAGGACUAUGAGGUCGGGGACGAGGACGAGGACGAGGAUGAGGAUGAGGACAGUGACGACGAGGAAGAGGACGAGGAUGAUGAGAACGAAGAGAUGGAGGAGGAGGAAGAGGAGGAGUUGAUCAAUCCAUCAACUCCCUCCCAAUCCAGAUCGGCGGACUCGGGACAGCAAUCCGACGAAGCCACUUCCUCAGCAAGAUUAAGAGGCGUAAUGCUCGACACAACGGGCUGUUACUGGGCCGCUCAAAUUCAUGCCCGUAACGACUGUCUAUUUCUUGGUGAGUUUGGGUCUGAAAUAGAAGCAGCCCGAGCCCAUGACAGCGCGUCCACCAAAUUCUACGGCACCGACUUUGUUCGUAAUUUCCUGGAUGGCGUCUACGAGACAAAGUUCGUCGAGUUCGUUCGAAAUUUACUCUCUAUCCCCGAUGACCGUGACUGGAUUCGCUUGCCUGAUCGCACUGACGCCCUCGACAAUGUCUGGAUUAGAGAAAUGUUUCAUAAAGUCUUGACUUCUAGUGAUGUCGAUGAUCGAAGUAUAUUGACUUUGCCUCGGGAGGCGGCCAUGCAGCACUUUCCGCAGCUGAAGCCAGAUUCAAUCGAAAUACCACUAGAGUUUACAAACCUGGGUCGCGUAACAUGGGUCUUUCAAUAUGGUUACUCGAAGAGUUGUCAGAGUUAUGUGUUCACUACGGGUUGGAGCAGGUUUGUGAAGGCGAUGAAGCUUCGUGCUGAUGACUCUGUUGUUUUCUAUCGAUGCACGGAGUUGGAAAAUUCGGUUAGAAAACAUUUUUAUUUGAUUGACAUGAUUUUUUCUGUCAAAAGUGAGCACGAGGAUGUGGCUGAAGAGCCUGCGGAGGUUGGAGGAGAUAUUGAUAGGCCGUCUGGGUCGGGUGAGAAGUAG